UGCUACGUUCUGGGCGGAUGUAACUUUCGGCUCUGGUUUCCUUGACGACCAGCCUGGCCAACCUGCUCCAAAGGCCAGUCGCUCUCAGUCGUAAACUUCUCAGAAGUGCGGAGUUGUGUGGCCGUCUGCCUCAUCUCUGUGAUCCGCAGGUCAGCAAUGCAUCUCGUUCAGCAGGACCAAAAGAUCGAUAUCGUGUUGACAAAUCAAGGAGCAACAGACCCGACAUUGGAAAUUUCAGACAGCAGCCACAGCCCUGUAAAAACAGUCAAGCCUCAACCCUCUAAGGACGGUUCGGAAGAGUGUCUGGACCAAAAGCUGGAAAACAAUCUUAUCUACUCCAUCAACGAUCGCCCUCCCUGGUACCUCUGCAUUCUUCUAGGUUUCCAGCAUUACAUCCUGGCAUUCGGAGGCAUCUUGGCCAUUCCUCUCAUCCUAGCCGAGCCAUUGUGCAUCAAGGAGAACAAUGCUGCUAAAAGUCAGCUCAUAUCCACCAUCUUCUUCGUCUCUGGUCUGUGCACCUUGCUUCAGACCACCCUCGGGACCAGAUUGCCAAUUCUGCAAGGGGGAACAUUCACUUUCAUCACCCCGACCCUGGCCAUCCUCGCGCUGCCCAAGUGGAGAUGCCCGGAUGCGAGUGCCGCCCCAAACAACAACGCCACCGUCUCUGUCCCCGCAGACAGCGACGAGGUGUGGAAAGCACGUAUCCGUGAGAUUCAGGGGGCCAUUCUUGUGGCCUCAACGCUUCAGCUUGUUCUGGGCCUGUCGGGUCUCGUGGGGCUGGUUCUGAGGUUCAUCGGGCCCCUGGCCAUUGCUCCCACCAUCAACCUCAUCGGACUGUCUCUUUUCAUUCAGGCCGGGCAAAAGUCAGGAGCCCACUGGGGAAUUGCAGCUCUAACCGUUUGCCUCAUUUUUCUCUUCUCUCAGUAUUUGAGCAAAGUCGACGUUCCUCUCAUUGCUUACAAGGACAAGAAGUGGAAAGUGUUUCAGUAUCCGCUUUUCAAACUCUUUUCUGCUUUGUUUGGGAUGUGCGGAGCCUGGCUGAUUUGCUUCCUGCUGACGUAUUUUAAUGCCCUGCCUUCAUCGCCACAAGAGUACGGCUACAUGGCCAGGACAGAUAUAAACCUCGAUGCAGUUACAAGUGCUGCCUGGUUUUAUGUGCCAUAUCCAGGUCAAUGGGGUUUACCUACGGUGAGUCUGUCGUCUGUACUGGGCAUGAUGGCUGGUGUACUGGCCUCCACGAUGGAGUCAAUUGGAGACUAUUAUGCUUGCGCCCGUCUCUCCGGUGCUCCUCCACCACCCACUCACGCUAUCAACCGUGGAAUUGCGGUCGAAGGCAUCGGCUGCAUAUUGGCUGCCCUGUGGGGCACCGGUAAUGGAACUACCUCCUACAGCCAAAAUAUUGCAGCUUUGGGAAUUACAAGGGUUGGCAGCAGAUUGGUGCUCCAGACAGCUGGACUUCUUAUGAUUUUACUGGGACUCUUUGGAAAAUUCAGCGCCGUCUUUAUAACCAUUCCAGACCCGGUCAUUGGUGGAAUGUUCCUUGUCAUGUUUGGCAUGAUAGCGGCCGUGGGAAUCUCAAACCUGCAGUAUGUGGACUUGAACUCCUCCAGGAAUCUCCUAAUCCUUGGCUUCUCAACCUUCAGUGGCCUUGUGCUUCCGACAUGGUUUCAUUCCAACCCGGGGAUUAUCAACACAGGCAUAAUAGAGCUUGAUCAGCUAAUUGUGAUCCUCUUCACCACCCACAUGUUCAUUGGUGGAUUCUUCGGGUUUGUUUUGGAUAACACAAUACCAGGAACAGAUGAAGAAAGAGGAAUCAAGAGUUGGAGAAAAGCCGUUCACAAAGGAACACAAACGCACUCUGCUGAUCUUUCCUGUUACAAUCUGCCUUUCUGCACAAACUUCAUUCAAAGGUUCAAACUGUUUCAGUACUUUCCAUUUCUGCCAUCCCUCAAGUCACAGGAGCAGAUAACACACCUGUAGUCCUGUACAUCGAGACUACAAGUUUAAUAGAGGGUACAUUCCAGACAAGCGUUCGAGUGAGUGAAUGGACUGGUAUUGAGUGAAAAAAGGGCACCGGUUUCUGAAGGUUGGACAGCAGUUGGGAACAUCUGUCCGUAGUCAACUGUGGCAAAAAUCAGCAUCUGGAGGAGAAAAAUACAAAAUAUUUCAUCUAUUUUUUAGGCUUCUUUGCAAUAUUACCGUAUUUUUACAUUUUUUACGUAAUGCAAAUAGUAUGUGUCUAAUAUAGAUUUCUGAAAUGCUAUACUGUUUCUGAAAACUGUUGUACAGUAAUGUAAUUUAAUUUUUGCAUGCAUCAUUAAAUUGACAGAUCAUUAUUUGCUGCAUAUUUUUGGAGGAGCCCAAGAAAAAUCUAAGGGGGAGACACGACCCGGUCACCUAUGCUACCUCUAAUAUUACAGCAUGAUAGCUCUAAUCUCAAUUUAUUUAUCUUAAAAUGAUUUAUUAAAGCUGUAGACCAGUGGUUAGCGCUGCUGACACAUAUAUAUCAAAGAGACCCAGGUUUGUGUCCGAGCCGGGUCAUGUCCUGAUCCCACACCCCGUUUCUUACCCUCAUGCUCCUGUCUGCCUCUACUGUCAUAUGCAUGUGAAUUAAACACCCCCCAAUUUAAAAUAAAUAAAUAAUGUAAACCAUGAAAUAAGAGAAGGUCAUAAUCAUGGAUCAUCACAUGCACAUGUGAUGCUAUAUUCAGCACAUUUUUUGUACAUGUGGAUUUCAUUUCCUUUCAACUUUUAGAUCAAAAACAGGAUGAAGUGUCAAUGAAAAAAACGAAUCAAUUUGAUUUUUCUUUAAAGUUGAUGACCAGAUAAUGUUCAUAUCUGUAAUCCAUUUAUCAAUAAAUCAAUUUAUUUUU